CCCAGGGUGCGCACUGCCUCGGUGUGCGCUGAGCGUUUCCCAGUUUCUCUGGCAGUGGAUGCUGGGCUCCCGGCCCCUCCCUUUUCCGAGCCCCUUCGGCGAUUUGCUUAGGCAAACUGAUGACAGGAACUAGAGCUUGUCAGUGAGAGCUGGAAGCAGGCUGCAGGGCUCUGCAACCCUAAAGCCCAAAAAGCAGGAUCUGAGGGCAGGACGCGGGGUAGGGGACUGGCUCUCCCACUGCUUGAUGCCGCGCUGUGACCGCGGUGAUGAGGGACCAGCCCUUAAGUGUUCGACUCUGAUUCUCCAGGCUAUCGUAGUUGUGGAAUGCAAAAACCAGGACAAGAUGGAAACAGGACUUGGAGAUCCUUUCAGAAUGCCAGAGGAAAGUUCCCCCAGGCGAACUCCACAGAAUGUUCUGUACCAGGACCUGCCUCAUUUGGUCAAUGCUGAUGGACAGUACCUCUUCUGCAGGUACUGGAAACCCACCGGCACUCCCAAAGCCCUUGUCUUUGUGUCCCAUGGAGCUGGGGAGCACUGUGGCCGCUAUGAUGAGCUGGCUCAGAUGCUGGUCGGCCUGGAGCUGUUGGUUUUUGCCCAUGACCAUGUUGGCCAUGGACAGAGUGAAGGGGAGAGGAUGGUAGUGUCUGACUUCCACAUUUUCAUCAGGGAUGUGUUACAGCAUGUGGAUAUCAUGCAGAAAGACUACCCAGGGCUUCCAGUCUUCCUUCUGGGCCACUCCAUGGGAGGUGCCAUUGCCAUCCUUACUGCUGCAGAGAAGCCAGGCUACUUCUCUGGCAUGGUUCUCAUUUCACCUUUGGUUCUGGCCCAUCCUGAGUCUGCAACAACUUUCAAGGUCCUUGCAGCAAAAGUUCUCAACCUUGUCCUGCCAAACAUGUCCCUGGGCCCGAUCGAUGCCAGCAUGCUCUCUCGGAAUAAGACAGAGGUCGACCUUUAUAACACGGACCCCCUCAUUUGCCGAGCAGGACUGAAAGUGUGCUUUGGCAUCCAGCUGCUCAAUGCUGUCUCGAGGGUGGAGCGGGCCCUCCCCAAGCUGACCUUGCCCUUCCUGCUGCUCCAGGGCUCUGCUGACCGCCUGUGUGACAGCAAAGGGGCCUACUUGCUCAUGGAGUCUGCCAAGAGCCAGGACAAGACACUCAAGAUUUACGAAGGUGCCUACCACGUUCUCCACAAAGAGCUUCCUGAAGUAACCAACUCCGUCUUCCGUGAAAUAAACACAUGGGUCUCUCAAAGGACAGCGGCAGCGAGAACAGGCUCCCUACCCUGAGCACACUGUCCAGCCAGGCAAUCCCACUGUUGGGAAAAUGGGCAGAGGAAAGGCAGAAGCUGACCUCUCAGAUGUGGCUUGCAAAAAAAAAAAAAAAAAAAAAAUCACAAAUUGGAGGAACCCCUAACAUAAUUUACUAAAGAAAAAAAGACAUUCUUGUCAUACAUUCGGUUGUCCAUCCCUGGACCUACGUUAAGGGGUUGACACUAUGCAAAAACAGAGAAGGGUCACAGGCAGUUUUCCAGAGACAGAAUGUGCUGGAAUGUCCUUAAAACACAGUAGAGCCUCUGCUCUGCCUCUCCUAGCUCCUGCAAGGUUCCCAGGAAUUCCUGGUGUUCUGGGACACCUGACUGCAAUAAUUGGAGUCCCCGUCCUGCCCACCCCUCCAAUCCCCCCAAGCCCUCCACCCCUAACUCAUCUUGGUUUGGCCUUUCUCUGGCUGUGGUGUGAUGAGUUGACUAGUGUCAGCUUCCCAGGGAAGACUCACAUGCCCUCUGAGCCUCAAAAAAUGUCUGGAACUUCCUCAUAAUGCAUAGGCCCCCCACCCCGUGACCCCUGUCAACUCCUUGUCAGUGUGAACUGGGCUUUGGGGUGGCAUGAAACUUAGCCCAGAGAAAGAGAAGUUGGAAGGAGACCCUACUCUCCCUUCCUUCCCUUCAGGGAGCCUGAGGCUGCCCAUUGAGAGCUCUGUAUCCAGGGGCUGCCUUUCCUUCUGUGACUCAUUUUACUUGACACUAUGAGAGGACAAUUGUAUUGAAGAGAGAAUGUCUAAUAUAUAACGUAUAUUCCAAAGCAGAGACUAUUUAGGUAGGUGGGUGAGUGGGUGGGUGGGACCAAGGGGACUUGGAGGCACAAGAGUCUGAUCCCUCUGCACAGGAGUGGGAAAAGCUUGCCUGGGGACUCUGCUAAAGGCGUCAACGCACAGCCCACAGAGGCAGGGCUCUUAGCACCAGCAGUGGCAGUGACAAGCUUCUUCCUGGUCCCCAUCUGUCUGGGCCCAUAGCUGUCCUGGGAGCUCAGUGCUGGCAGCACAGCUACCUCUAGUGACAGGAGAAGGGAGUCCCCACUCAUUGGCCCUACAGCCGGGUGGGCAGGUGAGGCUAGCUGAUAGGGUCAAUCUUUCCUAGACCUUUUCUAGCCGAGGCCCCGCAGUGCCUGACCAGCCUUUCUCAGGUGCCAACGCCCACCCAUGGCCCUCAUUUAGCGCCAGCAAUAAACAAGGAUCACUGCCCACUUCGGGAAUACCUUCACUCUCAGACUCGCUGUGACCUCAUGAGGCUCCUUAGUAUAACUAUGACCAUGUGGUGGGGGGCAGCCACAGGGGAGCCAUUGCUCAGUAUUGACUCCCAUGAAAGGUGCAGGCAGGAGCAGCCGAUUCCCUGCCAGGGCCUUUGACUCUAGGAGUUCAGUCUCCCACCCCUCUUCCUCUAGCAGAAUAAUUGCUGCCCCUCACCCACAUCCUGGUCUUCUAGGGCUUUUUCUAGUCCUCAAAGAGGGGACCCACCUCUGUUCUCCCUCCAGAGACUUGCGCACACCAUGGCAGAGCUAGAACUGGUCCCCUUCCAAUGGGCAGUCCAAUCAUGCUUGCCCAGGGCCCAGGGCCCAGGUUUGUGUUCUCAUCCCUGCCCCUCAUGAUGGACAAAGUGCCCAAGCACCUACCCCCUGGGGGCAGGGCCCCAGUUCCCCCACAGGGAGUGUCUUCCCUUGCCCCGUCUUAUUUCUCAGGCUUCUCUUUGAGGGAGAAAAAUAUAAGAAAUGCACUGAGAGACAAGAUGGGUGCCUGUUCAGCUGGGCAGCCAUGUGAAUGUUUGUGCUGUUUCUCAGCUAAGGAAAAGCAGAAACUGUACUGGAAACUCCCAAACCCACAAGACCCCCCUGAGCCCAGACCUGGAAUUCUCACCAGAGCUGUGACAGCUCAUGUCACACAAAGUCCCCACACCUCCCACCCACCCCAUCCCCACCCUACUUCUCCCAUAACCGGGUGACUACAAUACCAUUUCCCAAAUUAAAUAUCAGGCACAUGGUUUCACCAGGGAUCUUUCAGAUGCAUGAAUUUAUUUAUGUGAAAGCUCUUACAGAGAUGAAUUCAAUAGCAUUUACACAUCUGGUUAAAGAAUUGCCUAUGUAAAAAAGAAAAAAUAUAUUUGAAAUGAAUGAGGAAUGAGCACAGGAGUGAACACUAGCUGUGUCUGGAGUCUUACCUGAGGUACCCCAGGAAAACUGUGCAGGUCCCCAGUUGAGUUCAUUCUCAAAGUUGACAGCUCUGCACUGACAACCAGAGCUUCAAAGUGGUGCCAUGGCAGUGGGCAGAGGAGCUGGGUUUGGAAGGGACACUAGGUCUCACAAACAGUCUGCCCUUGAAAGAGGUGAGAGGAGGGCCUAGGCCGGCCAGGAAGGAGACCCUGGAAAUGCAGCUGAUCCACACCUAUCUGGAGGAUGAACACAUCAGGAUACUAUACCCCAGAACUGAUGUGAACACACCUCUUCUUGUAACCCAGAGGUCAUGCUGGCCCAUACAGAAAUAGAUUUCAUGCCUGAAAAUCUUUCUAGGCAAAGAUGUCACUUGCAGCCAGUGUGGGAUGUCCCAAUCCCAAAGGACCCCAUUCUUUUGCAGGGAAUGGGCACCCAGCUCCCCCCUCAGUUUUGGGGUGGGGCACAGGGGCUCAUGGCAAGAGCACAAAAAGGUUCUCUGGACACCCACCUGGCUCUGCCCAGGACACUGUGGCAAGACUCCAAGCUACUUUUUCUUUCUCUCACCACGGCUAACAUAAACCCAUUAGGAUCACAAACAUUUUCUAAGCAAUUCACCUGUUUGCUAUUGUCACUGCAGCUCAACACACACCUACAUAUAUGCUGUUAGUGGGGAAAUGUGUAUCAGUUUAGAACUAUUAAAGGAACCAAUAAUGCCACAGCUAAUCCUAAUAAACCAGAUGUAUUUUGAAUGGUGUUAUCUGUCUUACCUGCCUGAUCCAAGACUACGACAGUCCCUACAGAGAGAGUAGUGCUGAGAGCCUGUGCUGAGCCAGUCAUUUGAUACAAACCCAUCUGUGUGGACUUGACUUUCUGUCCUACAGCUCGGAGACUUCUGCCACAGCAGCAGAUCGUGCAUGCAUUCUGUUACAUUGUAGACUUGGCCACCCUGCAUACCCGAGGGGCAGAGCCACCCCCAGCUCUGGACCAACUGCUUCCUCUGCAGUGCCACAUGGAUACCUGAACAUUUCCAGAAAUAAGCUCUGAUCUUCACUACCAUGCUGACUCAAUCUGAGCCUCAUUCAUCUCAGCACAAGGUACCCCAGCUCUCCUGCUACUCAGGCCAAAAAUUUGGACAGCAUACUCCACUUGUCUUGGUCCCACACUUGCAGUUGGCCCUGCAGAAAAUCCUGUCACCUCCGCUUUCAUUUCCCUCGGUCCCCAUAGCUGAUCACCCUGCCUUUGCCCUUUCUCCCAUGUCUUUUGCCACAUUACUCAUGAAGCCUUUCCCAACCACCCUGUCUAAAGUCACUCCACCACCCCAGACCGUACCGUGCCUUCUCCUCCUCCAGCAAACUGAUUGCCACCUGUUCUGCUUGUCAACUCAGUAGCUCUCUGUCUUCACCACCAGAAUGAACUGCAGGAGUGUGUGUCCUUCAAUUAGCUCUCUGAUUUCCAGGGGAUCCCUAAUAAAAUACCUGUCCAGUGAGG